AGAGUUCCUCAGAUGUUCUUCAUGUGUUCUUGUACGCUUGCGCAGUAGUAAAAAACAUGGUAGAAGGGGUAGAAAAUCAGUGGUGGGGAGCCCGAAAGCAUUGAAGCAACUGAGGAACUCUCUUCUCAGUCCGACUAUAUACAGUAGUUCACUGGAGUUUACUUCGGUGUGCGAAUGCGAAUAAUUUUUAAUUGAUUUUAAUUUACAUGAAUCCUUAAACGUGUCGUUUUUGUGUUAAAGAAAAAGUGAAUGUUAUUGUCUAUACUUAGUGAAAUUAAGUAUUGGCAUGCUAAUAUAAUUUAUUAAACACAUUAAAAAUUGGACAAUUGAUUUACUCUUACUUAAUAUCAAAACGAUGCUCAAUACGAUGAGUGUGAGUUACUUCGAAUUGACUAUUUAUUUUACAACUUGAUGGUUAAUAUGAUAAAUAACGAAGCUUAUGAAAGUUGAUAAAAGUGUUUGUAAUUAGUGUAUAGUUAAUAUAAUUAUUAAAUUAUAAAACAUUGUUUGCGAAAAUAUAUGUAUUAAUAAUAAUCGGUGCAUUCUGUCAAUAACUACCGACCAUUUUGUUUAUGCACGGGAACACGCCUCGUUCCAAAAACAUGGAUCUAUGCUUUAUUUCUGAUUCAACGUGUGUACAUACAAUCUAUGAGGUAUUUCCCGGUUCAAGUGAUGUAGUGCAAAAUAGUGAUAUGUACAUGAAAUAAAAACUUACAUUACAUCUUAUGGAAAAUAUCUAUUAUUUUCAGCAUUGAGUGUCAUGACUGUUAAAUUUUAAUUUUGAAAUGUGCAAUAUUAAAUUUUAUCAUUGUUAUCCACGCGAUUGACAAUAUUUAUUGGAUCAUCGAGACUUGAAGUAUCUUCGCAGUUCAGCUGUUUUCAAAUUAUCAAAAAGUAAAUCAACCAUUAAAAGAUGGUUAGCAAUAAUACCGGGAGAACUCCCAGAAUUCAGGUCUUUAGACCGACCUACGAAGAAUUCAAGGAUUUUUCGAAAUAUGUUGAAUACAUGGAGAGUAAAGGAGCUCAUAAAGCAGGUCUGGCCAAAGUUAUCCCACCACCUGAAUGGGUACCAAGAAAAGGUGGUUAUAACAUUGACUCAAUUGACCUUACGAUACCUGCUCCUAUCUGUCAGGUUGUUACCGGCAAACAAGGGUUGUAUCAACAAAUAAACAUUCAGAAAAAGUCAAUGACUAUUAAAGAAUACGAGAAGUUAGCUAAUUCUGAAAGAUAUGCUACCCCUCGACACUUUGACUAUGAAGAUUUAGAACGCAAAUAUUGGAAAAAUAUUACUUAUGUUGCUCCGAUUUAUGGAGCUGACGUCUCAGGAUCUCUCACUGAUCCAGACGUUAAAGAAUGGAAUAUAAAUCAUUUAGGAACGAUUUUAGAUUAUGUUAAUAAAGAUUAUGGAAUAUCGAUAGAUGGUGUAAAUACUGCUUAUCUUUAUUUUGGAAUGUGGAAAACAACUUUUGCAUGGCAUACUGAAGAUAUGGAUCUAUAUUCGAUUAAUUAUUUACAUUUCGGAGCACCGAAAACUUGGUAUGCUAUUCCUCCAGAACACGGAAGGAGACUUGAAAGACUUGCUAGUGGAUUUUUUCCUGGUAGUUAUCAGAGUUGUCAAGCCUUUUUGCGACACAAGAUGUCUUUAAUUUCUCCUCAAAUUCUGCGGCAAUACUCAAUACCUUGUAAUAAGAUUACUCAAGAAGCUGGAGAAAUAAUGAUAACUUUUCCUUAUGGUUACCAUGCUGGUUUUAAUCAUGGUUUUAAUUGUGCUGAAUCAACUAAUUUUGCGGCUCCACGAUGGGUUGAAUACGGUAAAAGAGCCACUCAAUGCACUUGUAGUAAAGAUAUGGUUAAAAUAUCUAUGGAUACAUUUGUUAAGAGAUUCCAGCCAGAACGUUAUGAUUUAUGGAUUCGUGGUGAAGAUAUUGGACCACAUCCCGAAGAUCCACGUCAAACAGCCGCUCCAGCACCAUCUCCAAUGGAUUUGAUGUGUAGCAACAGUGGUAAAUUACCAGAUAGUUACAUAAAUGCACCAAAAAAUAAAAGGCACACAAUUCAUCGUAAGAAGACUCUUGUUGAAUCUAAUCCCGAUGUUAACAUGGAUGAGUUAGUGAAUCGUCCAGAUAUUCCAGCAGAUGUAAAGAAAGUUCUUCAAGAUCUAGAACUUGAAGAAGAACAGCCUGAUGAACAACAAUUAGAGGUUUUGGAAGAUAUUUGGUUAAAAGCAGGAGAAUUAGAAGUGGAAGAAGCAUCUCUUUAUGAUGAUGGUUAUAAUAAGAAGAAAAAUAAAAAACGUAAAAAAAAAUCUUUUCAUUCUCAAGAUAAAGAACGAAGUGGGAUUAAAACGAAAAAAGCUAUACAUACUAAUAUUAAAACCGAACCUGACUCUCAAAAUGCUGAUGUUAAACCUAAAUAUUUAGAUAUUAUAGGUAAUGCUGUACCAUGUCUUGUUCUAGCCAAAAUUAAAGAUUUUGGUGGUAUUAAUGGAUCAACAAGUGAUAAUGAUGGUGCAAAAUCAAAUAAUUCAUCACAAUCAAAGGAAUCAAUUUCAGAUCUAAUGGAAAAUCAAGAGGCACCUACUAAAAAAAGGAAAAAACAUAGUAAACAUCUUAUAGAACAUAAGAAAAAUAAAAAGCCUCACAAGAAAAAGUUAAAAUGUAUUAAUCCAAUAAGGAUGUUUAACACUUCGGAGCCAUUAGAUGUAUCUGAUGCUGACGUUCAGAGAAAAUUGAUGGCCAUGCCUAGUCUCGCUUCACAAAAAUCACAUGUAAAGACUGAACCAACUACCGAUUUUGAUAUUACAACCAACGAAAGUGAUCUCAAUGCAAUUGAUGCACUGAAUAAUGAUAAUAGUAAUAAUAUUGGUAUUUACGAGCAUACUUAUAAUGAUACUAAGAUUAAAACUGAACCGAGUUCUGAACUAACAUUAGAAAAUGAGAAACGAGCUGAUUCUUUUGGAAAUUCAACAUUUUCUUCUACUUUUUCAUCAUCAUCAUCUUCUUCAUCGUCAUCAUCAUCUUUACUAUCAUCACCUCUAAUUAAUUUCACAACAGCAGCUACUCAAGAAAAAGCCACAGAAACAAUUUACUUCAGUUCUCCUCCAGUUAUAAAAACGUUAACAUUAACUUCAGCAAAUAAAGGUAAACCGAUCAUUUCCAAGCCAGCAAAUUACCGUAAAAAUGAUAUUAUUAAAGAGUCUAGAUUAACUCUGUUGAAGAAAUCAGAUAUAAAUGAAGUAAAAAUAUCCAAUCCAUCAGUUCGACAAGAUAAAGAUACUCUGAAAGCUGCUAAUGGUUUAUUAGUUUUACAGCAGAAUUCACGAGUUAUACAGGGUUCUAAUGGUAAUCCUGGAACAAGUAUGGUGUUUGUUCCAACAAGUGCAUUUACACCAAAUACUUUUAAUGCUAGUCCAGAACUUCAACGUACGAUAGAACGAUUAAAAGCAGCCAAUUCUACAAUAACUCCUGAAAAUUCUAAACCAAUUUAUGGAAUUCUUAAUAAAAAUAUGGGUCAGUCAAUUACUCUGAGCUAUGAUAAAACACCAGUAAUUGAAACUAGUUCUUCAGAAAAUUCUAAUACAGCAGGAUCUCAAAUUAUGACCAAACGAAUCUGGCCAGUAGCUAAUACAAAUGCUGUUUAUGUCACAAAUGAUUCUUCAACUGAGCUUAAAGUUCAUCAAUCUAAUACUUUUGGAAAUCCUAGUGGAAUUCAAAUUAAUACAUUGACUCCAAAUUCAUUAUUCCUUAGUGCAACAAAAUCGAAUACAACAUUAAACUCAUCCAAACCACUUAUAUUACCUCAAAAGACUAGUGCAAGGAUGUCUAUGAAUUCUUCAAUGUCAAUACCAUCAUCAAGCUCAGCUACAUCGAUAUUAAAACUUUCUCAAAAUCCUAAAAAAAAGGUCAAUAUUGUUAUUCCUCAACCAUAUCAAGUGUCUUUUCAACCUCAAUCUAAAAAUAUUUUGACUUCAUCACCAAUUUUAUGUGCCUCGCCAGUGAAAUCAAAAACAAAAAAAUCUCCACGUAAAAAAAUACCUAUAAAAUUAUCUCGUAGGUCUGCUAAUAUGAAUGAUUUAAUGAUGAAUAAUAAUCAUAAUAAUAACAAUAACACUAUAUCGAUUAAUUCAGAGCCAAAAAAAUUCUCGAUAGCAACUCAAGUUGAUAAUUUAUCUCUACUAAGAAUAAAUGAAACUAUACCGAUAAAUCAUUUGAAUACAGUAUCAGCAAAUAUAAACGAUCAAAUUAAAGCUGAAGUUAUACCAACACCAGACGCAAAUGAAAUGGAAUCCCCUGCGCCAACUUUUGUUUUAUCGACAGGCAACAGCGCAGCUGCAAUAAAGUCUCAAAUGUUGGACGACGUUCCAGCGAAUAAAUAUUUAACAAUGUCGUGCGCGAGUAUAUGUAAUUCUUCAGAUAAUUCAUCGACAGAUUUAACAACAAUACCUAAAACUCAGAAUCUUGAAACGAAAUCACCAACAAAGGCAACCAAAUCAACAACAAAAUCGCCCACGAAACCUCAGCCAUCUAAGACUAAUAAGAAACUUUGUAAAAUUAAAGAGGAUCUAUCUCCACCUAAACUUACACCUGAAAAUAACAUAUUAUCACAAAAUCAAGAAGUCAUUAAAAAUCAAGAAUCUGCUGUGAAUUAUAAUUCAGGAAAGAUGAUUCCUGGACAUAUUAUGGACAUGAUAUAUCCAAAUAUUCCUGAUUUGAUGAAUCUGCAAGCAUUCAAUGACUAUUGGAGUACUCAAUCAUCACAUUGUGCAAUUUGUACAGCAUUUGCUUCAGGGAAAAAUAGUGGUAACCGACAAAUGCCACCAGAUUGGAAGUAUUGUAAACCUAAAGUUUUACCGGAGAGUUCAUCUAUUUGGGUUUCGUCAAUGCUUUUUGCUGCUAAAUCCAAAGAACACAUUACUGAACCUGAAAAUGGAAAACUUCUACAGUGUAGAGACUGUCAUGUAACCGUCCAUGCAUCUUGUUAUGGCAUAACAGUAUUACCUAAAAAUUCAGCUAAUUGGGCAUGUGAUAAGUGUAAAGGUGGUAUGAUAAAUGCAACUUGUUGUCUUUGUCCGAUGCGUGGAGGUGCAGUCAAACGGACAAGUGAUAGUCAAUGGGCUCAUAUUCUUUGUGCACUUCUAAUACCUGGUGUCACAUUUAAAGACUCUGUUCAUAAGGAUCCAAUCAACGUGUUAACCAUCAAAACAGUCACGCUUAGACCACAGUGUAGUUGUUGUGAACAAAAAGGGGGUAUUUGUUUGAGCUGUUAUGUUUGUGGUACACCUUUUCAUCCUUCGUGUGGUCUUGUCGCUGGAGCAACAUUUACUAUACCUGCUUACAACUCAAUAGAAUUUCAGGUCUGUUGUCAAGGACAUUUUAAUAAAACUGAAAAUUUUAUAACUGUACGACAAGGCGAGACUGUUUGGGCUAAACAUCGGAAUAAACGAUAUUAUAAAGCGACUGUGAAAUCUAUUGAUACUCAUUCUUUCUACAUGGUUACAUUCAGUGAUAAAAGUUUUAGUGAUGAUUUGUACCCAUCAGAUAUCACGAAUUUUGAUAAAAAUACACUACCUACUGUUGGUGAUGCAGUAAAAGUAAAAUGGACUGAUGGUGAAAUAUAUGAUGGAAUUUUUGAAGGAGUGAAUCCUCUUGCGAUGUACACUGUCGUUUUUGAAGAUGGUUCUCAACUUGUUGUGAAACGUAAUCAAAUAUAUAAUUUACAAGAAGAUUUGCCAAAAAGAGUACGAUCACGACUGUCUAUCGCAACUGAAAUGCGGCAUCGAUCUCAUCUUUAUGGCAAUGAAAGCAGUGAAUUAGCAAGUCAGCGGAAUGGAAAACAAAUAAAAUCAAGACGACGUAUAGAAUAGAAAGUAAAUUGAUCAAUUGAAUGAACUGAAAAAUGAACAAAAAUUUUAAUAUUAAUAUAUAAAAUUUAUUCAUUUUUGUAAAUAUCUGUAAUUUUUGCAUAUAUAAAUUUAUUGAAGAAUUGUGAGUUUUAUCGAUGUAAAAUAUUAAGCUUAAUAGAUUUAGUAUCCAAUUAAUAGAAGUUAAAUAAUUCCGAUUGUAAAAAAGUAAGCUUUUUUAGACAUAAAAAAAAAAUGAA